GACUGGAUUUCGCGGGUUUUUCCUGGAAACUUCGAGUCGUAUAUACAAGACCAGGCUUCUUACUUUCCUCCUUGGGAGCCUGCGUGUCAGCAGACUGGAACUCAGAGCCCGGUCCUGGAGCCUCCACAAUCAAUCCAGAUUGAAGUCAACGCCAUAGUCUUCAUCUUCUAAGAGGGACGGAAGUGCAAUCCAUCCAAGGUGGCUUACAGAAGAGAUGAAAUGUGGUCUGACGGGCGGUAUGACUAUGAAAGGCUCCCAAGAGAAAGAGGGCCUCCUCGGAAUCACAACAAUGAUGCCUACAAUAGAGUAGUUAAUAUUGUGCCAAAGAAAUCACCACUGCUAGAAAAGAGACCACCACUGCUAGAAAAGAGACCUCCACUGCUAGAAAAAAGACCACCACUACUAGAAAAGAGACCUCCACUGCUAGAAAAGAAACCUCCACUGCUAGACAGACCUGAUGAAGGAAGCUACAAUAGAUAUUACAGUCAUGUUGAUUCCCGAGACUAUGACAAGGGCCGCAGUUUUUCUCAUGAUCGAAGGAAUGUUCUACCUCACAGAGGAGAUGAAUCUGGCUAUCGAUGGAGUAGAGAUGAUCAUUCUGCGAGCCGACAGCCCGAGUACAGGGACACAAGAGAUGGUUUUAGAAGAAAAAGUUUCUACUCUUCCCAUUAUUCGAGGGACCGUUCUCCCCAUAAAAGGGAGCCUCCAUUUUUCAGAGAGUCACCUGGAGGUCGAAAGGACUCUCCACACAGCAGAUCUGGCUCCAGUGUCAGCAGCAGAGGCUACUCUCCAGAACGGAGCAAGCCGUAUUCAUUCCACCAGUCUCAGCAUAGAAAACCUGUGCGUGCUGGUGCCUCCUACAAACGACAGAGUGAAGGAAAUCCAGAAAGAGGUAAAGAGAGAUCUGCUCAGUCCUUGAAAACAUCACGAGACACUUCACCUUCGAGCUCUUCAGCAGUUCCUUCAUCAAAGGUGUUAGACAAACCCACUAGGUUAACCGAAAAGGAACUGGCUGAGGCUGCAAGCAAGUGGGCUGCGGAAAAGUUAGAGAAGUCGGAUGAGAGUAACUUGCCUGAAAUUUCUGAGUUUGAGACGGUACCUGCUGCACCAUUAUUCAUUGACCAGCCAGAGGAACCUGAGUCGAACACAACCAACGGGAUAGAAUUAUUUGAAGACAGUCAGCUAGACAGUCGCUCUAAAGCAAUAGCAUCAAAAACCAAAGAGAUUGAACAGGUUUACCGCCAAGACUGUGAAACCUUCGGGAUGGUGGUGAAAAUGCUGAUUGAAAAAGAUCCUUCAUUAGAACAGUCAAUACAGUUUGCACUGAGGCAGAAUUUACAUGAAAUAGGUGAGCGGUGUGUUGAAGAACUGAAGCAUUUUAUUGCAGAGUAUGAUAAUUCUGCUCAAGAUUUUGGAGAGUCUUUUUAGAAAAAUUAGUGUUCAGGCAAAAU